AAAAGUCAGUCAGCUGACGUCUUGUUUCAACAGCAAUAACAAAGAUGCCUCCCAGAAACAAUCACGAUCCGUCGUCCCCCGGCGAUUCGGACAAUACCAAUGCUCCGGAGGCCGAUCUCCAGGAGAUGGAAGACGUGAAUCAGAGCCUUGACGCUCUAAGUUGUGCCUUGGACGCUGUGGAGCAACGUACCGAAGACAUUUUAUCGCAGCUACGCGAGCUCCUUGACUCGAAUCGCGAAAUACGUCGUCAAUUGGCGCAGGAAAAGGACAGUGCUUCUGAUGAGCAGAGCGAGGAUGAUGACAUGGGCGGACAACCGGGUGACGAAACUCCACCCAGCUCACAUAUCAAUUAAACCCACCAUUUUGUUUCUUUGCUGGUGAUAGCAGUUUGUUUCCACAAAACAUUUAUUGGUUAUAAA